AGCUAAUUAAGUGUGGAAUUUAUUUGCUUACAAAUGCUAGACGAGUGUCAUGGCGAUUAUACACAUCUGCACAUUGCUUCACGUGACUUUGUUUCAGCAAGAAAGGAGAAAUGUGACUUCCGCAUCCGUUUAGUCCGGUUUCGCGGGUCAGCACGAAAAAGCUAUCGUUGUACUUAUGGAAAGAUGUCAACCUACGAGCCAUUCCCUAUGGCCAUUACGCACAUUUUCUGUAAACUUAUGGCAAUGUUAAUUCACGGUCUUAAAAUAUAGUAUAACAAUCGGUUAUUCGUGUUUCGUGUUGUCAAGGCAGAAUAUUAAAGUCACCACACUGCGACAUCCAGACAACAAGCAUGUCUCUGCUGUCCGUGGUUGAGCGAGCUAUCGAGACGUCCAAAGCUGAACAAGCUGAGAUAAAUGCCAGUAUUCAACUCUACAGAGACAUAUUGCAGACCUUAACACCACAACCAAAGACUGUCUUUGAGGAGUCAGAAUGUGCAGAUGAUCCUGCUGCAGACACCGAUACCUCACCAGGGGAGAAAGAAGAUAUAGAAUUGCUUGAGCGAGCCCUUGAGAAAGCCCUUCGGAUCCGCACUGGGACAGGAGUUUCUAAAAAAGACCAUGACAGAAACAAAAAAUCUGCACCUCAAAAGGAACCAGCCACUACAGUCGUUGAAUUCAAAGAGGGAAUGCAGGCAUCUGCAGCUUCUAAAGCAAAUCAGACCACAAAGAGAUCAACCUCUAAAUCUGCCGGUAUUGACAAAAAAGAGCACAAAAAGCCUGGUGCGUCAGUAUCCUCCAUGCUGGGCCCAAAAUCUGCAGCUGGCUACCAUUCAGAACAGAGCAAAACCAUAAUUAAUAGAAACAUAAUCCUGAACUGUCCUGUCUCUUCAGUGGGGAUUGUGCAUCAGCACACAGCAAGGAAGUCACAACAGACCUUCUCAACUUCUGACUCUCUUGAUCAGUUACCCACAUCAACCCUUCACUCUAAAAACAAGACUUUUAGAAGCAACGUGCUGAGUGGCAAAGCUGCAGCUUUCUCCACACCUUCUUUAAAUAACACAGUCCCUGUUUCACAUUCCGAGGUCUCUGGAGUUCACAGUGUACCUCGCAAGAAUGGGGUAGCUUCUGAUCAAACAGCAAAAUGGAAAUCUCUAAGGAGCAAGCAAAACAGGUUAUGGGAAAAAGUUGUUGCCCUACAAAGGAAACCUGUGUCUGGGAGGAGUCACUUCAUGGAGAGAAUGAGAGCUACGUUCCCCAAGGAUUGGCCUUGUGGCAGCCCUGAUCAGACCAGGGCUCUGGUCGACAGACUGACUCGCCAAGGGCGUGACCUCACCCAGCACUACCAGAUGAAGGAGCUUCUGGCCAAACAGACCCCAGAAGCAGCCACACAGCUGGUGGGUAAGGAAAACAAGCAUGAUUCCUGUCUGACACUUGAAAGGCUGCAGAUGACAGCAGCAGUGCUCCACGACUUUGCAGACAGAGUGACAAAAGAGUGGGAAGCAUGGGAUCGAUGGAGGCCAGAGGGAGGUUGUCUUUGCCCGACUGGGGCAAAUGGUGUGUGUGGAGAUGGGCUGAUUACACCCCUGCCCCUUACUAUAACCUACACAACAGAGGCAGAGCUCCGGGAGCUAGAGAAGCUGAGGAUGAGGGUGGCACUGCUACAGCAGGAGAUUUACCUAGAGCAGGCUCUGUUGGACACUCUGUCCCCUCAGCUAUCGUCCAUAGUACCUGGGCCUGGAUGUCCCAAUGUUGGUGUGCUGAGAGACAUGUACUCCCUGCUGGGGGAAGGAGGGGAGCGUUUCCCUGCCAUCGUCCUGGACACUGAGCCUGACUGACUACAGAGCAUAUUUCACUGAGAUUCCAGUUUAUAAAGUAUUCUGUCCACCUCCAUUUACACACAUAAAAGAAAUAAAAUAUUAGAAAGACCUCUCAGUAUAAUGCAAUCCAGUGAAACACCAGCUGACUCAUAUGCUUCUGACACUGUCAAUAAAACUAGAACAUUAUAAAGUUCACAAAAACAAGAUUAAUUGAAGGACCAUUGUAUGGAAUUGCUUUAGGUUUCCCUAAUAAACUGGUAAGUCGGAUUGUGAACAAUCUGUUUUGUUA